AGUAGCGGCAGCAUCUGACGCAUGUCCGCUGAAACACGUUUUUGAAAUAUUACAGCCUCAUCGCCGAUACUGUGAGCCCAUACCGCCGCGCGGAUUUCCCUGCCAUAGAUCUACUAUCAACGCACUUUCCGAAGCGCCCCCUGGACCAGUGGCUAUAUCAAGUCCUGACAACCGUUUUCCUGCGCACUUUGGCAGUAGCGGCAGCAUCUGACGCAUGUCCGCUGAAACACGUUUUUGAAAUAUUACAGGUACGGUGGCUUCUGCCUCGUCUACAAGCUUUACCCGUGGAAUUGUCGGGCGCUCGUCGCAAGACUGUGGUGCCCGUGCCCCGUCUUUGGCCUACCCCGGUUUCAAGCACUCAACUUUACUCCCGGUUUCUUCUGCCACUUGCAGCCUCAUCGCCGAUACUGUGAGCCCAUACCGCCGCGCGGAUUUCCCUGCCAUAGAUCUACUAUCAACGCACUUUCCGAAGCGCCCCCUGGACCAGUGGCUAUAUCAAGUCCUGACAACCGUUUUCCUGCGCACUUUGGCAGUAGCGGCAGCAUCUGACGCAUGUCCGCUGAAACACGUUUUUGAAAUAUUACAGGAUAGUGGACGCCGCAGGCAUCAUUCUAGAGUCUGGACAUCCUGAGCUGCUGUCGCCAUGAGCGAAAAUGGUGAACAGCCCUUCUUGAGCUGCCAAGAGUGCAUUGACUUCCUGCGAUCAUAUGGCCGAGUGAUGUUCAUUACUCGUGGCCUACCAGGAUCAGGGAAGGCUGGCAUCGCAGAAACUGUCAAAGGGACUUACCCAGGCUGCAAGGUCAUUUACGCUGACCAGAUGUUUCUCGGUAUUGGAGCCGUAGACAAAAAUAUUGAAACUACGACGGAGGCUCACCUUCUGUGCCAGAAGAGAACGGAAGAAGCCUUACAAGGAAACACGUCCGUCGUAAUGAAUCGCAACAACAAUGCUACAGUUCGUGAGACGGCCCGGUACAUCGAGCUCGCAGCCAAGUAUGGCUACUUGGUGAUUGUCAUCGACACAUUACAAAAGGAGGACAUGACUGUGGAGUAUUUAGCUGCCUGCAACACCAAAUUACUAGGCACGACGUAUAUUAGCCGCGCAUUGGACAAAUGGGAAGACGUGUAUCCACUGUGUACAGGCUGGUUUCUGAAACCCAGCGACAAGUUGCAUCUUCUACGUCGCCUGGCCCUGCUCCAGAAGUCAUGCAUGGAGAAUGGUCUGCGGGCGAGCGAGGUGUAUGCGAUGCCUGGACCAUCCUUCUGUCUUGCAAGGUUCUGUUGGUUUGGCAUGGAAGAGUCUAACCGAGCUUAUUUUGACAAGGUGAAAAACUUAAUAGGAACGACACACUUAUUGCGAGUAUACGGAUAUACAAUUGUAAACGCAAUCAUCUACGGCCUGGUUGAGUUGGACGAGAUUCUUAAAGACGAGUUUGCGAGCGGCGAUGCUGUCCAAUUCCUGGGCACCGCUUUGUGGAAGCCGACUUCAUGCAUUAUUCCUCCCGAUGCAGUUCUUCCACAGACUGGCGAAGCGGAGUCUUCCAAUUUUAUACCAUCCACUCACGCGCCGAUGGCUUCCAAGUACCCAAGCUUCAUCGUUCUGGGAAAUACGAACGGUAUAAGCACGACACCCAACGCACCUACGCCUAAGAUAGCCGAGAUUUGGGAAAAUGUAUUACAGAAGACUGCAGGUCUUCCGUCGGUAAGAAUCGGAGACGCCACAGUUCAAGAUGGCAAUGACGUUCGUCUUAUGCUGCUUGACGAUGUCAUCUGUUUUAAGACAAUAUUUGCUGGCUUCUACCAACCGUACGUGCCGAGGUACAGAUCCUGCAAGUACUUCAAAACAGAAGCUGGAUGCAAACGAGGAACCACGUGCAUGUUCGACCACUGCAGAUAAGAAGAUGCAACGCCGCAUUGCAUUCAAGUCAUUGAAAUUUUCUGUCUCCAUGCCACCGUCCUUACAAUAAAAGAAAAAUGCGUGACAAAAAUGACGCUUCACAGCUGAAAAACUGGGAUGUCUCAGCGCUCUUCAGUUCAUUGUCCGUAGAUCAGGUCAUAGACCGCGGAAAUAUGUGGACAGAUGUAAAAUCAUCGAGGGA